AUGCAGGCAUUCACGCUCUGGGUAGCCUUUGCCGUUGCCUUUCAGGUCGUCGCGAAGCCUAGUAACGACUGGAGCAAGCCCUGUUUUCUAGGGGAAUGCGCUUAUGACCUUCCAGAGUCCGCUGGUUCAGGCGCAAUCAAGAUUACUGGCUCUCACAAAGUCAUCAAGGACAUAUCACCCGCUGCGGGAUGGAUAAUUCUCUCCUGCGAUCCUCAGUUACUCAGGCAGGAUAUACGUCUCGUAUGUGAAGAUGAUGCGUCAGAGACUUCGCCGUGUCAUCACCUCUUCGAACACGGAGGUCCUACAAAUAAACUCGUCCGUCUUCCAGAAAGCUGCGGUAGGGGACCAUUUGCCCGGAUUGCAGCAGCGGCCGUCUCCAGCGAGCAAUCUAUCCCAGGCCAUCUCACGAGACGCUUCGAACGCCGUGGCCGGGGGCUGCCCAACGUCUACGCCCUGCAGUUGGACACAGACUUCGAGAAGAUAGAUACGUCACGCUGGGGGAACAUCUUCUUCUCUAUGACUGCUGAGGACGGAUCGGGCGUCCAAGCCCGGUCUAUCGAGACAAAUUUGACCAUUACUCAAGGUGGCUCUGAUACCAAGAGCAUUCCGGAAAGGGCAAGGCUUCACCCAAAGACUUUCCAGUUGAUGACCAUGCAGGAUCAGGUCACUCAAUCACAGUCGCGGAUGAUGGUGUCGAAUUCGAAGGCUUGCGGAGGGAAGCAAGCCUCCUUGGGGAUCGAAUUGGGUAAUGGACUCAACGGAACGAUAUACACCGGUUUCGCUGCCAAUGGAACUCUGGCUCCCCCUAAGAUCACUAACUUCGCGUCGUUUAUCGGCAAGUCAACUCGCUACACGUCGCAUCGGUUUUCUGGGAGCGCCAGCGCCCACUUCAACAUCCUUGCUUCCUUAGUGAGCACUGUGUCGAAGGAUGUGGAGUUAUGGCACCAAACUAUGAAACCAAUCAGUGUACCUGGAAUCUUGGAACUCGAGUCAUCGUUCGACGUCACAGCGCAUAUGCAGGCAGUGAUUGGUCUCCCCGUUAGUGUGAACCUUACCAUGGAUUUCGUGCUCGAUGACGUGCAGGUAUGGUAUCCGCCAAGGGCGGCGGAGAGUUCGACGAAGGCGAACCUCACUCGAACCUCCACCAAUAUCAGCAUCCUUAAUGGAACAAACGGGCGCGCGGUUAUUAAUAGCCAUAUUCAGCCGAAGAUUCAUCUUCAUGUUGAGGCCUUUUCUGGGAAGUCCGACGUCAAUGUGGAGCUGGGGAUGGACAUGUAUACAAAAAUCGACGUCGGCGCAGAGAGCAGCCCUUUUACCUCCGCGAUCGUUCCUGCCUUGGAGCCCGCAAAGACAAGAGGUGUUGAUAGAGUAACAAGCGGAUGGGCAGGCGUAAAGGGAGGCAUUGUGCUUAGCUCAGCCUCCAAGGGAGCGUUGGAGGCUCGAGCGACAUGA